AUGGCCAAAGCAGUGGUGGCGGUGGCAAUGCUGGUGCUGGUGCUCGUGUGCUAUGCCGAGGCUGCUUGCAGCAACAAUUACAUUCAGCUGGCUGGCUGCCUGAAUGCGGUGAGCAGCAGCGCUGGCUACCCGGGCAGCUCGUGCUGCACUGCCGUCUCCCACUUCAAGAACGAUGUAAACUGCCUGUGCAGCACCCUGGUGGCAGCCAAAAACGCCGGAGUCAUCCGCAACAUGCCCAACGCUCUCACCGUGCCCAAGCGCUGCGGCUUCAAGAACAACAUCCCCAAGAACUUCCGCUGCGCUGGGAACACGAGCGAGAGUGUUGCUCUGUUGCAUGCGUUUAUCUCGACGUGA